AUGAAGAGGCAGGAGUUUACGGGGUGCCAGCCCAGGGCUGACCACCUGGGGGCGCUGAUAGCCUGCGGGCGGGACGUGCCUGACUCGGGCGCGGCCACCUUGGCCUCUGCUCGCGGCUGCGGGUGGAUUCCGGGUCCCGGCCCCGCCGUGCGCUCCGUCCGCAAGAGCCGGCGGCCUUCAGCGGCUGCAUCCGAGCGCCGGGCUCCAUCUGCGGGAUCCCAGCCAGGAGCGCCCUCAGAUCCCCGCGCCCCCACCCUGUCCCCUGCCGCCCGCCGCAGGGGGUCCGGGGACCCUUGCUGGCCGGAACCUGGAACCUGGGGCGCGGCGUGCCGGGCCCGGGCCCGGGGGGCGGCGGCGGCGGCGGCGGCGGCGGCGGCGCGGGCGGCCGCGCUUGGAGAGGAGGGCGGCGGGCGGGAGGAGGGGCUCCUCGCGCGGGGCAGGGGCGGAGCGAGCGGCCGCGCCGCGGAACCAAGUGAGUUCGCUCCGGAGCCCGCGCCGCCGCCGGCCCGCACCUCGGGCGCCCGCCGCCCCCGCCGUCCCCGCCGCCGCCGCCCGCGCGGGGAUGUAGGAUACCCGCCGCCGCCGCCGCCGCCGCCCUGGGUUUGGAUGGUCCCCGGCUCCGCCGGGCUGCUCCGGCUGGGCGCCGGGGUCGCGCCCCCGCCAGUUCUGCUAGCCUCGGCCCAGCCCCCCGCCGCCCCGCUGCUCCCGGGGCUUCCCGGCUGGCAAGCCCCGGGCGAGCCCUUCCUGCCGCUGCUGCCGCUGCCCUCUGCGCCAGACCACGCCGCCGCCGCCGCCGUGCACCACUACCCCUUGCUCAACGGGCAGUGGCUAUUUGGUGGUCAUUCUCCAUCAGUUGGACUGUCCCCCUCUUCUGCUGUGGAAUUGGUGCCCAUUUUCCCACACGUCUGCCCAUCCGUCCUUGCACCUUCUGUUGGGAAGAGUUGGAUAGACAAAAGGAUGCCUAACUGCAAGAUCUUUUUUAACAAUGCCUUUGCUCUGGACUCAACGUGGAUGUAUCCUGAGGAAUCAAGAUUGUUCCAUGGGCACGACAAGCCUCAACUGUUGGGAAAUCAAGUAGCCUUGUCUCUGUCCAGGCCAGCUCCUGCCUCCCGGCCUCUUCCCACUGUGGUGUUAACGCCUCAGCCUAUACCAGGUGGUUGUCACAACAGCCUUAAGCCUGUCGGCAGCAGCCCCACCAUUGCCAUUGCAGCUGCCGCCGCAGCCAUGGUCUCUGUGGACGCCGAGAGACGUGGAGGCCCGUCCCCCUCCAGCGUGCAGCCCUGCCACUUCCUGACGCUGGCGCCCAUCAAAAUCCCCCUGCGGAAGGCGUCCUUCUCCGAUAAAAGCAGAGAACACAGCCGAGCCCCCUGCCCGCCAGCCCUGAUGCUGCACACAGAGAGGAAGAGCCCGGCGGAGGACGGAGAGGACAAGGCGCCUCCAUCGAUCCUGGUGACGGGAGAGGACCGUGCAGCCAAAGGAACAAGACCGGUGGCCUCCACGCCCGUGCCCGGAUCCCCCUGGUGCGUGGUCUGGACAGGCGAUGACCGGGUCUUCUUCUUCAACCCCACGAUGCAGCUGUCCGUCUGGGAGAAGCCCUUGGACCUGCGGCACCGCGGGGACCUCAACAGGAUCAUUGAAGACCCUCCCCACAAGCGCAAGCUGGAGGCGGCGCCAGGCGACCCCAGCGAUGGAUCGAGCUCUGAUGACGGCAGGGAAGCCCCCGACGUGAAAACCAAGAGGAAUCGGACGGAAGGCCACAUGAGUCCCGGGCCCGAGGCGGCGGGGAGCGGGGACACGGGCACCAAGACGCCACCCCAGAUCCUUCUGCCCCUGGAGGAGCGGGUGACCCACUUCCGAGACAUGCUUCUGGAGAGAGGGGUGUCGGCGUUUUCUACCUGGGAGAAAGAAUUGCAUAAAAUCGUGUUUGAUCCGCGCUAUCUCCUGCUAAACUCCGAGGAGCGGAAACAGAUAUUUGAACAGUUUGUCAAGACAAGAAUAAAAGAAGAAUACAAGGAAAAGAAAAGCAAAUUGCUUUUAGCCAAAGAGGAAUUCAAGAAACUUUUAGAGGAAUCGAAACUGUCACCCAGGAGCACGUUUAAAGAGUUUGCCGAGAAGUACGGCCGUGAUCAGAGGUUUCGACUUGUCCAGAAAAGGAAGGAUCAGGAGCAUUUCUUCAACCAGUUCAUCCUUAUUCUGAAGAAGCGGGACAAGGAAAACAGACUCAGGCUCCGGAAGAUGCGAUGAGUGUGACGCAGCCACGGGCCGAGCGUGGCCGGGGCGGGGGCCCGCGCCGGGGUGGGGGCCGCGCUCUCAGAGGAUUUACUGUUUCAUAUUGAAGCUCCCUUUUGUAACGACGUUCAGAGUUUGAUGCAUUUCUAAUCGCCAUGGUACAUCGCUCCCUUAAUUGUUUUAAUUAUGCAAAUUACAUGUAAUAUAGACAAAUUAUAAAUCCACUGCAGGUUUGUAACCCAGCAGACGCGGGGCCCAUCUCUCACGCUCUCAGGGCGUCGUCACGAGUGGAUCGGAUUGUUGGAAACGUCUGGAAACCCCGGGGAGUCCCCCCCCCCCGCGGGAGGGUGUUGUGACCUGGGUCCCCACGUCUUGCUGUGGUUUUCUGAGUAGCAGAGGCUGUUCAUUGUUCUCCUGACACCUGUGACCAUGGACACAUGGUGGCCCCCCCUCCCCCCCGAGGGUCAGAGGGGGAUGGCCACCCCCCCGGGGGCGUCGGGCCUGGAGAAGGGGGCUGCCUGUCUGCAGGAGGUCCGACUUUAAAAAGAAUUAUUUUGUACAAAAUCAUCCUACUAAUAUUUGAGUUAUUUUCUUGUAUGCCCAGAGUUUGCAUGAGAUUUUUCUCACCAUCUUUGUAUAAAAAAUUUUAAAUUUUUUUGAAUUAAUAAAUAUUUUAAACCAGUGUAUUUUUGUGGCUCAGACGUCCAACACACUCUUAAGCAACAAAAUUGUGUUCCUACCAACGAUACUCUCACUGGAAAGAUUCAUAAAACGUUUAGGAUUGCCCACCAGGGCUGGAAA